AGCUUUUCGACUAUGACCGACUCAAUGCCAGAAAUUUCAUGACUUGUUUUCUUAUCUGAGUUGGGAAUUAAGGGACGAGAAAGGAACUUAUUAUGCCCUUCAUCUCGGGGGCACUAAUUUUAGAGUUUUGCGGGUGCAGCUUGGAGGUAAAGGUUCUGGGAUCUUGGUACAUAAAGUUGAAAGGCAACCCAUUCCCCCGUAUUUGAUGACCAGUACAAGUGAGGAUCUCUUUGAUUUCAUUGCUGAUACAUUAAAUCAAUUUAUUGAAAAAGAUGGAAAUAGUUUUGAUCUUCCAGCUGAUGAAAGGAGGCAGCUUGGAUUUACGUUCUCUUUCCCAGUGAGACAGACGUCUGCUAAUUCAGGUUACCUUGUAAAGUGGACUAAAGAAUUUUCUAUUAAAGACCUCGUUGGAAAAGUUGUGACCACAUGUUUAGAAGAGUCUCUGGUCAAAAUAGGAUUGGAUAUUAGAGUAGCAACAUUGGUGAAUGAUACUGUGGGAACAUUAGCUCUUGGACAUUUUCACGACGAAUACACUAUAGCAGCAGUGGUAAUCGGAACCAGAACGAAUGCUUGCGAUGUGGAGAGAACAAAUGCAAUAAUCAAGUAUCAAGGCCUUCUUACAAAUUCAGGAAGCAUGGUUGUGAACAUGGAGUGGGGUAAUUUCUGGUCGUCUCAUCUGCCAAAAACUUCAUACGGUAACGAUGUAGAUGCAGAGAGUCCUAACCCAUAUGAUCAGGGUUUCGAAAAAAUGAUUUCAGGAAUGUAUCUGGGUGACAUUGUAAGGAGGGUGCUUCUUAGAAUGGCACAGUAGUCGGAUAUAUUUGGAGAGCUUCCUUCUAGCCUGUCGGUGCCCUUUAUACUGAGGUGCAAUUUCAUCGUUAACAACAUUUUUGGUGUCUUGUAUUUUUCCUUUGCCGCAUUACAUUGUUUAUAUUUAUAAUACGUUUACACAAGUAAUACGUAUUCAAUUCUCGUAGAUACGUCCAUAUAAUUAAAAUCAA